CAAACCUUCACCCAGUUACGACAGCGCGGCGUGUUGCUGGUUGGCUCAGUCACCGUAAAGCUAUGGAGGACGGUGACCGUGAUCAAACGACAUGAUGAAAAGGAGUUUUUGCAGGUUACCACUGUUCUGGAAAAUCUAUCUUCCAACACUGGCCGGAUUGAUCGUAUACAAUGAAUAUCUCAUCCACCUCUAUCACAGCUUUCAGUGGGCUGAACUGCAGUGUGAAACGGAUAGCUGCGUAAAGAUACUGUUUGUCGCGGAUCCCCAAAUUUUGGGCAACACGUUCGAUAGGAAGCUCUACUGGCCAUUAGCCAAUUUCGACUCCGAUCGGCACUUGAAACGGACGUACAAACGGGUGGUUCAACAUACAUCGCCGGAUGUAAUAUGCUUUCUGGGUGAUCUCAUGGAUGAGGGGAGUGUAGCGAAUGAUGUUCAGUUUGCAGAUUACUUCACACGGUUCGUCAACAUUUUCACCCAACCGACGGCCAACACAAUCAUGGUUUACAUUCCGGGCGAUAACGAUAUUGGUGGCGAGGGAUUAGAAACCGUCAAGUCCGACCGAGUGUUGCGAUUUAAACAAUACUUUAACGAGCAAGACGAAACAGCGAUAGAACCAAUGUUGCGAUUUCUCAACGUAAAUCGUAUCAGCAUGACACUUCCAUUGAAUAACGCACCCGAUACUGAGGAACGGCAACCUUACACCGUGCUUUUGAGCCACAUGCCGAUACUACGAUGGGCUGAUCCGUUUACGUAUAAGGUGAUCGAUGAUUUCCAACCGAGCGUGAUUUUUUCCGCACACGAACACAAAUCCCUCUACGUUAAGACACAUCGUAAUCAGCUGGCACAGGGUGCCACCUUUAUCCCGCUCAACACGGAACGGGGGAGCCGUCACGAAGUGCUGGAGUUUAAUUUAGACUAUCUCAAGGAUACACGUGAGCUGUUGGAGUUUAUUGUCCCAACUUGUUCGUACAGGAUGGGCGAAAUGAAAGUAGGGUACGGUUAUGCCAUGUUCGAUGGUGAUAAGCUCCGCUACACCGUACUGUGGACUUCGCAGCGAUUCUAUCAACUAGCGAUAUACUCGAUGAUGCUCAUUCCACUGAAGCUGGUAUGUGGACAACUUUGGUGCGGUGUCCUGAAGCGGUACUGGUGCUGCUGCCGGAGGCGAAAUCGCAACUAUUUACCGCUACCACUAGCGUGAACAACAUCAUGGCAAUUAGACACCAUAGUAUUAGUGCGAACGAUUUCGAAAUGAAUUCAGUAUUUAUUUCAAUGCUUAGUGUUCCCAUGAAAUGGUACCAAGUGUGAUUAAGAAUGGAUUUGACAAUAAGGUUAAAUGAAAAUAAAAAUGU